UUUUGGCUAAAAAGGAAACCAUAGGAGGUGAAGAAGAAUUAUUAAGUUUAUUAAACGAGAUUGAGGAAUAUAAAAUAAUGAAGGAAAAAAUUACUGAGACCGUUGGUGAAGUAGAAAAACAAAUUAGAAAUAUUAGAGAAGCGAAAAGACGGGAAGCAGAAAAUACCUUUAUUGCUGAUUUUGAAUCUACGCUGAGAAAAAGCGACCGAAAAGGUAUUGACGUAAUGGGUGUUCUUCACCUUUCAGGUUGGCAGUGUGAUAGAAGCCAGAUUGAGAAUUUGACCCCUGCUGAUGAAGGUGAUGGGCAUCUUACCUCUGACAAAGAACCAGCAGAGAUUGCCGAGGGUUAUCUUUACUACCAUGAUAACAGUUUUUGCGUUAAUUACCGGGGCAUUAUAGAACAUUCAGCGUUCACUUACGAAACGAAACCACCGGAGAAAAAUUGCCGGGCAAUUGAGAAACUUAUCAAGAUUGAAAAACCCGAGCAGAAAGGCAAAAAAUACAAUGUUUUAACCGAGGAAAAAGGGGUAAUGGAAGCCCGAAUGGAUGCCAAAAAUAAAGAGGGAAUUACGGAGGCAGAAAAAGCCAUUUUCGACCAUGCGGUAUUAGAUAGUGUAGAGGCAAUUAAUGCCGCCCAAGCACUUUUGACCAAAAUUAAAGAGUAUGCUAAGGAUAUUAAGGCGACCACUGCUAGCGAAGCCAAAGCAGCAAUCGAUUUUUUAGGAAAUUUAGCCACGAAUGAGCGAAACCGAUUAACUGAACUAGAAGAUUUACAUAAAGCACGAAUUGAAGCAAUAGAGAAAGAUGCAGAUGGAGAAAAAGUUCCCUUAGAAGGCCACCAGUUAGCCGAAAUUAACACCGUUUACAGAGUCCGAGCCGUUCAUAAAACCUUAACUCUGCUUCGCUCCUUUAUUAAUUUUUCGUUCGAUGAAUACACUAGUAUCGAGAACCUUAAAGAUUUAAGCAAUUUAACUUUUAAUAUUAUUGAUGAGAUAAAAAACAAGUUAGAUGAUGAAUGUGCAGAGAUAAAAAUUGGAGAAGAAUAUGUUUUUGCUUUCGAUCUGAUUGAUAAAAUACACCAAAUUCUUGGAGAAAAUGAAACUUUAAAUAAUGAAAAUGCAAUGGGUAAAACGGGGGUGGCAGAAGCCGAAUUAGUUUACCAAGAGGCUCUUAAAAAUCCUUUAUCUGGUUAUCCUUACAGUUCAAUUCAAUUUACCCUAGAAGACAGAAAUAAAAUUUUCCAUACGAAGACCAGAGCAGACAUUCCUAAGGCUCAACAAGAAGUGUCCUGA